AAUUCCUUUGAUAACAAAUCACAUCAACUCUCAAUAAAAAAAUCAAAAUGUACUUCCAAAAAUUCGCAUCAGUCGCCAAAAUCUACGUCAAGAAGGUUGAAGAAGAAGUUAAAACCGCCGUUAAAGUAAAUUCAUAUUUUGACAAUCAUGAUUUGAACUUCUUUUGUGAGGAAAUUUUGAAUUUUCUGAGAUUUAUUAGGCAAAUAUUUGAAAUGAUCAUCAGGUGCUUCAAACCAAUCUACACAUUACCACUGACCCUAGGAGGAGGUCUAUUCCGAGCAAAAGUGAGCAUCAAUGUCCAUUUUCAUACGCCAACUGAUAAGAAACUUGUUAUUCCACCUUGCCAUAUUCCAAACUGCAGUGAAUGUCAUGAUCAUAAUUAGUAAACUAUAAGACAUUUGGCUAUGAUUGUUAAUUUAGAUCCAGUUCCUUUAUUUCAUGAUUAAGUUCUUUAAAUAAAUUGUUUAAAAAUUAGCAUUCAA